ACCUGCAACCAGUGGCUCUAACUCGCUGUUAGUCAGUCUUAAAUUAGCUCUGAUGAAAGCAAGUGCAAGUGGGUUGGUGCUGCACGUGUCUUUAUUGAAUUUAUUAUAAUAAAACGUGGAGCUCGCGGUGGCUUGACUAUUGUUGAUAUUGGAUUUACAUUUCACCUGGAGUGAAGUUCUACCGGACGAGAGUGUGAAGUUAUAAAUCAUGAAAGCCUACAGCUUAGUGCUUUCCUUCUUGCUCGCAGUAGCGCCAUCUUUAUGUGAGCAUCAUAAAACGUUUCACAGCAAAAUCAGCUCCUCGAGUAGCCGGUUUUUGUUCCACCACAACAGUCGGGAUCGAGGUCACGAUCAUCAUCACCAAAGCUUCAAGAAGCAGCUUGAGUCAACCACUCUAGUCCCGAAUGAAUCAGAGGAUGAAGUGACCACCAUUAGCCCACCAAUAUCCACCGAUCAGCAAACUGCAUCGCUUAACUAUUCCAGCUAUCAAAAGUCGCUUCCCCUGCGAAUAUUAAGUUGCAUGACCAAGGUUUCGAUACUGCAAUGUAGCAAGUUAUACCUGUUGCAAAACAUGGAAUCUCGGGAUUACAUUUUCGAUACCUCAGGCAAUCUGACUCAAGACGUUAAACAAAUUUUACUACCGUCUUAUAGACGACCAGACGAUAAACUAUUUGAAGAUCAUCUGUUUUCCCUCAACUCUAGCGAAGUCGAUCGACGCAUCAAUCAUGGUUUAGUUCUGCUGUUCAACAACCGACACGUGGAUUUUAAGUUUCUUCCGGGUUUCGGUGUCCAGCUCUCGCCCAGUGAAGGAAACAAGCUGGAGUUUUCCAUCAAAAAGCAAGUCGCGUCCGAUAAUAACGAUAUGUCUAGUACCGACAUCGAAGGUCGAAAGUCCAAAGACAGGGACCGAGAUGAAAAGAAAGAUAAAUCUCACCGAGGAACGAAGAAAAUCUACCGUCAUCUAAUCCGCCUGGGAGUCCCGGCAGUCUUGUUACCAUCUGUCCUGCUGGCCUCAGUGCUGCCCAUGAUGAUGCCGGUCAUCAAGUUUGCCACCUUCUGGACCAGUGUGGUCAAUCAUGCGGCACUCGCGGCAGCCGUUAUGUAUCUGGCUAAGCAACAUGCCCAGGAGCAGGAGGAAAAGCAGACAGUUUACUUCAAUGCCGGGUACAACUAGGAGUCUGCGGAUGGGAUACGCAUUCUGGUGAUGGGUAAAAGGCGGGGGUGCAAGCUGUAAACGCUUGCCUAAUUUAUGAAAAUUGAUGUAAGAUAAAUUAAAUAACAGUCGAAUCACGUCUGUUUUUCAACCUUAUCACAUUCCUUGAAACGCUUACAAAUAUGUUGAAUAAAA